AUGGAAAAUAGAGAAUGGGAAAAUCUAAAUGGAAAAUUAAAAAAAAAAAUUGGGAAAUUAAUGUUUUUCAGAUUUUAUUUUUAUAAUGCGGAAUAUAUAUUUUCAGCGUUUAUUAUCGAUAUCCACACUUUUUACAAAAAUUGUCAGAGGCAAAAAAGGUUGUAAAACUAAAGAUUAUUCAUUAAUUCGUUUCAUUAACCCUUGAUUGGUCAAAUUAAAUUGGUUGAAAUUAAUGAAAGAGAUAUUUUAACGUUUAGUUGAAAAUUGGUCGAUUGGAACAGGUUAGCCGUUAAAAGGUUAAAUUUUUCAGAGUCUACGUCACUACUCAAAUCCGGGUCCACAGUUGAAAAUCCUCUUCAAAAAGCCUGUCAUUUCAUUCUUCGAAAGCAAUAGAGGUUUGCUUAAUUAAGAGGAUAAUUUUCGAUCAGUCAAAGCACUUGCCUCACUUUUCAAGUUGGUGGCUGAAGCGAAACUGAAAAAUCAUAUCAAAGAAUAAUUCUCCUUUCACGACAAAAACACGCGCCAAGCAGAUAACGAAUCUAACAGGUCUCAAGAAGUAAUUUGCCUGAAUAUUGAUAGCAAGUGUGCAGCCAACUCCUGAACUUAUCAUGCAUUAUAAUCACAAAUACUCUCUUUAAUGUAAAUUAGAUUGACAUAAAUAAAGCAAUUAUUUUUGCUAUUCGCUCAGCUUCAGAUAGUAACAUAAUGAAACAAGUCAGGGUAACUUUUUUUCGUAUCAUCAAUUUAAUUUAUUCCGUUCCUUAAAUUUUGCCACUUUAGGAUUGAAUCAAAUUUUUUCUUAACAGAUCAAGAAGAGUUAGAGGUCAAUUUUAUUUUCUUAUAUUUUUCUUGUUGUAUGUAAUUUUUAAGAACUGGUGUUAUGAGUGGUCUUAAUUGCACACAAUGCAUGAAAGAGAUUUUUCUUUUGGUUUAAUCAACGUUUAAACUUGAAUAACAGAGUCUGAGACAAACAAAUGUCUUCCUGUUUCAUGAUUGGUUGAGUGAGCUGAAUCCACUAAGGUAAUUUGCAACUAGAUGUAAGGAAAGCCGAAAAAGAUUAUCACAAGGCUUCAUUAUUUCAAGCUGAUUUAUGCCAAACAGUUGCUCUCCUCGCUUACAUCUGACGAACAAAAUGGAUAUCAAAACAUUGCUCCAAGAUCUCCGAGAAGAAGUGUCAUGUCCUGUGUGUACUAACAUCUACACGAAUCCAAAACAGCUCCAAUGUUUACACAGUUUCUGCCUCCAAUACUUGCAGCAAUGGCGCAGAACAAGUCAUGGCCGAGACACAAUCAGAUGUCCGAAAUGCCAAGCUCUAAACAAAGUGCCGGAAAGUGGCGAUCUGAAAGAUCUACCAACCAGUUUUUACUUGAACGGCCUGAUUGAUGUAUUAGCCAUUAAAGAAUGUAAAAACAGUCAAGUACAGUGUGGAAAUUGCGACAGGAAAAGCUACGAGACAUUUUAUUGUUUUCAGUGUUGCACAUUUUAUUGCCAAGAAUGCGUCAUUGGACACAACAUCAUGCGAAGUAACAAAGCUCACCGUGUUCUGGCGCUCAGAGAUUUUCAAGAAAAGGACUUUGAAGAUGUAAUGAAACGACCCAUGUACUGCUCAAAACAGCGGCACGAGAAAGAAAAACUGAAAUACUUCUGCAAGAAUUGUACUGAGGCAGCUUGCCAAAGUUGUGUAUUGAUAGAUCAUGCGGGUCACGCUAUAGUGCUCCUAAACGAAGAAGCUGAAAAGCAAAAGAUUCAAAUGAAAUCACUUAUAGAAACAAAGAAGAAUGAUUUACGAGAAAAAAUAAAUAUUGUACGACAACUCGACGAAGAUUACGCAAAACUGAUACAAAGAGAAGAAGACUUGAAGCGAGAAAUACAGGAGUUUGUGGACGAUUUGUUUGCAACUGUUGAAGUGAAGAAACAAGCCAUGUAUGAAGCAAUGGAGAAAGAAACGAGGAAAUCGCUCGAAAUUAAUGCAGGGCAGAAAACGAAAAUCGAACGACAAAUUAAGUUAAUCAAGUCAUCGUUGGAGAAAGCUGAUAAACUGAUGAUACGAAGUACAAACGCCGAAGUCGUUCAACUGAUGAUUUCAUUAGAGACAAUAUUUCACCGAGAUGAUCAAAACCAACCAGACGACCUCGACCUAAAAAAGCCCUCCUCUUUAGCUUAUGUGGGGAAUCAAAAGCUGUUGAACACUGUUGAAGGCCAAGGAAUUGGAUCUUUGCGAGUAGUGCACCAAACAAAAGCAAGUCAAUCCGUUGCUGAAGGCAAAGGACUUGAAGAAGGGAUUGUUAACCAUACAGCACACUUUACUUUAACUACAAGAGACGCGGAAGGAAGACAGUGCUUCAAUGCAGAUGAUCACAUAACGGUGGAGAUAAAGGACGAACAAGGACGAGAAUGCGUGACGGAAGUGCAAAUAGAUGAAAAUAGAGACGGACCCUAUCAGAUCAGCUACUCUCCCGGAGAAGUAGGAAGGUUUAAAGUAAGCGUAAAGGUAAACGGAGAACAUGUUCAAAACAGCCCUUUUACUAUAAUAGUAAAAGGCUUUCAGUUCAAAGCCGUGUUGGCUUUCGGAAAAGAAGGUUCUUCUGUAGGAAUGUUUAGAGGUCCUUACGGGGUAGCAGUGAAUGCCAAGGAUGAGAUAGCUGUAACUGAUUUUUUCAACCACAGAGUUCAAAUUUUUAACAAGAAUGGAUACUACUUGAGAUCAUUUGGUAGGGAGGGUAACAAGGCGGGAGAAUUUAAAUAUCCCAUAGACAUAGCAUUUCAUGAUAACGGGAAUAUUUUCGUGGCAGACCAGUGGAACCACAGAAUCCAGAUUUUUACGGGGGAGGGUCGAUACGUGAACAGUUUUGGUAGGAAAGGAAACCGGGAUAGUCAGCUCAGAUCACCUUGGGGCUUAUCGGUAGACAGUGAUGGAAACAUUAUUGUUGCUGAUUCAGAUAACAAAAUGAUUAAGAUCUUUUCUUCUGAUGGCAUGUUUCUGAUGAAGAUAGGUGGACAUGGGGCUUUCACUUUUCCUAUCCACUGUGUUCAGUACGAUACAUAUCUCAUAGUGUCGGACCACGAUGAACAUUGUAUCAAAGUUUAUGACAGGUAUGGAAAAUUUCAGUACAAGUUUGGAAAGGAGGGUGGAGGGGACGGGGAGUUUAAUAAUCCUGCAUGUUUGUCAGUGAACAAGUCAGGACACCUGGUGGUAUGUGACACAAAUAAUCAUAGAGUACAAGUAUUUGAACUGAAUGGAGGGUUUCUCAAUAAGUUUGGAACUAAAGGUGGAAAUUUAGGAAAAUUCCAUUAUCCACAGUCUCUGGCGGUUCUUGCUUCAGGGCAAAUUGUUGUCACUGAUAGGGGCAAUGAUCGUAUUCAGAUAUUUAAGUAA